AUGUUUUCUCCUAUUCUAAGUCUGGAAAUUAUUCUCGCUUUGGCUACUCUCCAAUCAGUCUUUGCGGUUGAGUUGCAGCACGUUCUUGGAGUCAACGACAGACCCUAUCCUCAGAGGACAGAUGAUCAGUACAACAUUCUGAGACAUCUGGGAGGCUUGGGCCCCUACAUCGGUUACAAUGGAUGGGGAAUUGCUGCUGAGUCUGAAAUUGAAUCCUGUACGAUUGAUCAGGCUCAUCUGUUGAUGAGACAUGGAGAAAGAUACCCAAGUACCAAUGUGGGGAAACAACUAGAAGCUUUGUACCAGAAACUACUAGAUGCUGAUGUGGAAGUCCCUACAGGACCAUUGUCUUUCUUUCAAGACUAUGAUUACUUCGUCUCUGACGCCGCUUGGUACGAGCAAGAAACAACUAAGGGUUUCUACUCGGGGUUAAACACCGCUUUCGAUUUUGGUACCACUUUGAGAGAACGAUAUGACCAUUUGAUAAACACUAGCGAAGAAGGAAAGAAACUUUCUGUUUGGGCUGGCUCUCAAGAAAGAGUUGUUGACACCGCAAAGUACUUUGCUCAAGGAUUUAUGAAAUCUAACUACACCGAUAUGGUUGAAGUCGUUGCUCUAGAAGAGGAGAAAUCCCAGGGACUCAACUCUCUAACGGCUCGAAUUUCAUGUCCAAACUAUAACAGCCAUAUCUACAAAGAUGGCGACUUCCCCAAUGACAUUGCUGAAAGAGAAGCUGACAGAUUGAACACUCUUUCUCCAGGAUUUAACAUUACUGCAGAUGAUAUUCCAACAAUUGCCCUAUACUGUGGCUUUGAACUAAAUGUAAGAGGUGAGUCAUCCUUCUGUGACGUCUUGUCAAGAGAGGCUCUACUGUACACUGCUUAUCUUAGAGAUUUGGGAUGGUAUUACAAUGUUGGAAACGGGAACCCACUUGGAAAGACAAUCGGCUACGUCUAUGCCAACGCCACAAGACAGCUGUUGGAAAACACAGAAGCUGAUCCUAGAGAUUAUCCUUUGUACUUUUCCUUUAGUCAUGAUACCGAUCUGCUUCAAGUAUUCACUUCACUCGGUCUUUUCAACGUGACAGAUCUGCCAUUAGACCAGAUUCAAUUCCAGACCUCUUUCAAAUCUACCGAAAUAGUUCCCAUGGGAGCAAGAUUGCUUACCGAGAGAUUAUUGUGUACUGUUGAAGGUGAAGAAAAAUACUACGUUAGAACUAUCCUCAACGAUGCAGUCUUCCCACUGAGUGACUGUUCCUCUGGCCCUGGAUUCUCUUGUCCGUUGAACGAUUAUGUUUCUAGACUUGAGGCAUUGAACGAGGACAGUGACUUUGCGGAAAACUGUGGAGUUCCUAAAAAUGCUUCCUACCCACUUGAACUAUCAUUCUUCUGGGAUGACUUGUCAUAA